AUGGCGCUCAUGGAGAACAGUACUGAGGUGAAUGGUUUUAAACUCCUGGGACUGACCAGCAUCCCAGAGCUGCAAAUCCCCCUUUUUGUAAUGUUCACCCUCAUCUAUCUCAUCACUCUCCUUGGGAACCUGGGCAUGGUUGCGUUGAUCCUGCUGGAUUUCCAUCUGCACACUCCCAUGUACUUUUUCCUCAGCAAUCUCUCCCUGGUGGACUGCAUUUACUCUUCAGCCGUGACACCCAAGGUAAUGGCUGGACUUCUAACGGGGGAUCUAAGUAUCUCCUAUGGUGGCUGUGCUGCUCAGAUGUUCUUCUUUGUGGCUUUCGCCAGUGUUGACUGCUUCCUGCUUGCUGCCAUGGCCUAUGACCGCUAUGUCGCAGUCUGCAAGCCCUUACAGUACAGCACUACCAUGACCAAGAGCGUGUGCACCCACAUGGUGCUUGGCUGCUACACCUGGGGCUUUGUAGAAUCCACCACCCACACGGGGCUCACCUUCUCCUGCUCCUUCUGCCAAUCUAAUGUAGUCCAUCACUUUUUCUGUGAUAUUCCCCCAAUCUUGGCCCUGUCCUGCUCUGCCAUCUAUGUGAAUGAAGUUGUGUUGUUUAUCUUAGCAGCAUUCAAUGUCUCCUUUGCCUUGGUAGUGAUCUUGAUCUCCUACCUCUUCAUACUGAUUGCCAUUCUGAGGAUGCACUCUGCAGAAGGACGAAAGAAAGCCUUCUCCACCUGUGCCUCUCACCUCACUGCAGUGACCAUGUUCUAUGGGACCGUCAUCUUCAUGUACCUGCAGCCCAGCUCUACACAUUCCAUGGACAAUGACCAAAUGGCCUCUGUGUUCUAUACAAUCAUAGUUCCCAUGUUGAAUCCGAUUGUCUACAGUUUAAGGAAUAAAGAGGUUAACAAGGCUCUCGAGAAAGCUGUGGCGAGGUCUAAGGCUUUACUUAGCACAUAA